GCUGUUGCAAUGUGGGCUUCGCCUCGUUAUGCUUGGUAUAUUUACAGACUUCUUGACGAAAUUCAUAGACAAGAACGUGAAGAGAUGGAAAAGAAACUUCAAGCAAAAAAUGAAGUCAUUGAAGCAAAAGACAAAAGCAUUCAGAAAAGAAUACCACGUUCGGUACCAAAAGGUAAGGAAAAGAACUAUAAGUAUAUGAUUUAUACUGAAGAGAUGGAAAAUGAAGAAGAUAAAGAUAUGGUUAUGUUGCAUUUAGUCAGAAGAAACAACAAAAGCUUUUACGACCUUGCUAAGAUUUACAAAUCUGACAGAAAUUGGUUCUAUCGCGAAAACUUACCGAUUUCAAUGACACCGAAUGAAGAUGUGAAACAAAUAGUUCAAGAUACGUUACCUCAAACACACUAUGAUAUGAAAGGUUGUACAAUACUUACAUUCAAAGAAGAUUUGCCAUUGUUAAAGGAAAAAAUAACAGAGUAUUUUGACAACUUCAAACAAUCAGAGUAA